GCUCUUCUUCUCACCACCUUGCUCAAUUACUCUCGCAUUCUCGCAAUGACAGAAAUAUUCUCGCUCAAAGGCAAGACUGCUCUCAUCACCGGCGCCUCUCAAGGCAUCGGCCUCGCCAUUGCCACCUCCUUCGCCAAAGCAGGCGCAAACAUCGUCCUCGGAUACAACUCCACCCCCGCGACCAAGACCGCCGAGGAUCUCGCGAACGAGACCGGCGUCAAGGUCGUGCCCGCAAAGAUCCCCGUCACCGACAUCGAAGCCGUCGACGCAGCUUUCAAACUCGCCCUCGACACCUUCUCCACCGUCGACAUCGUCGUCUCCAACGCCGGCAUCACCUGGACCGCCGGCGAACUCAUCGACCCCCCCACCGACAAGGAAUGGCGCGAGAUCAUGUCCGUCAACGUCGACGGAAACUACAACGUCGCUAAGGCUGCUGGAAAGAUCUUUAAGGCUCAGGGAAAAGGCAGUCUGAUCUUCACUUCCUCCAUCUCGGCCCUCAUCGUCAACGUGCCCCAGCGCCAGGCCGCCUACAACAUCUCCAAGGCCGCCGUCACCGCGCUCGCAAAGAACCUGGCCGUCGAAUGGGCCUCGUUUGCCCGCGUCAACUCCGUCUCGCCCGGAUACACAAUCACCGAAAUCACAAAGUUCGCCGACGCUGAAAUGCGCAAGGAAUGGGCCGCGCGCACUCCUCUCGGCCGCGAAGCCCUCCCGUCUGAACUCGUGGGGGCCUAUCUCUACCUCGCCUCCGACGCCUCGACCUACACCACCGGCUCUGACAUUGUUGUCGAUGGUGGAUAUACUCUGGUCUAAACCUCUUAUUGAGCUCAUCUGCAUAUGCAUAGUUGAUAGUAAUUAAAAG